AUGGCGCCUAUGGGUAUUUACCCUGAAGCCUUGGUUCUGGCCUUCAAAGCCGAGGGAAGUGCCUUACUGGAUACCCUUCAUUGGUCAGGCCAACUGUCAUGCUACUUAAUCUUGAUAUGUCAAGUCUUACUCAUUCCAGGUCAUACUAUCAGCUUCUUCCGGAAUUAUACUGAGCUAAUGGAGAAUGGACUAAAUUCUACUGACUCCACACAUGAACCCUUUGCCAUCCAGCUCUUGGGGAAAAAGCUUUAUAUAUGCUCCGAUCACUCUGAUGUCUCUACUGUGUUUGACGAUACAGUGGGCUUUAAUUUCGAUAAUCACUUAACUAGUCUCCUGACGAGCUUUGGUAUCUCAAGCGCAGCACUCGAGCGUGCCUGGCAUGUCCCUAAACCAGGAGACUGGUGCUAUAUACCUAACAACCCCGUGAACCCCAAACAGAAGAGCUUGAUUCAUUUCGUUGAGGAUAUUUACAGAAUUCAACUUCUUCCAGGGGACCUCAUGGAUCAAUGGAGCCGCACAUUCUUGGAUUCGGUACAAAUUUCCUUGCGUAACAUGAGGAGCUUAGAGUUUUGCACCGUACAGAAGAGCAGCAGCGUAUGGUAUAAUGAUCAUAGAACGCAGCAGGUCUCACUCUACUCGCUUGUUUCUUUUUUUAGUGUGCAGGCCACUGCUCAUGCCAUGUUCGGAUCACAUCUCCAUGACAUCGAUCCGUUAGUCGUCCAAUACAUGUUAUCUUUUAACGAGCACGUUUGGAUGAUAGUGUUUCGCUGUCCCAAUAUCUUCGGUCUACCUGUCGAUAAAUAUCGAAGCAAACUCAUGGACAUCACCAGAGCAUUUGUCCAGCUUCCUAAGGAGAAGCGUAACCAGGCAUCUUGGGCGAUCAACAACGUCCUAUAUGGUAUGGAGAUUGUCGGAAUGGACAUGGAAUCUAGGGCUUCUAUGAUACUCAUGAUUUUUUGGGCUGCGGUAUCCAACGAGCAUAAUAGCUGUUUCUGGCUUUUGGCCCACUUAUUAUACGACCAGUCUCUCAUGGAAUUGGCAAAAGAAGAGACAGAAUCGGGAUGGAGCUCUGGUCAGCUGGAUAUCAAAAGCCUUUGCUCAAACAGUCCGAAUUUGGACUCAAUUUUCUAUGAGGUUCUAAGACUCAAUAAUACGGCUGCUGCCGUCCGAGUAACAUCACAGAAAACAAUACUUGGGGGUAAAGAGCUACAGCCAGGCUCGACGAUCGUGAUGCCGUUUCGGUCGCUUCACAUGAAUGAAAGGGUAUGGGGAGCCGACGUAUCACAGUUUCAGCCGUCACGAUUCCUCAGGAAGAAGUCAUUGGCUAGAUCCCCAUCCUUUAGACCAUUUGGCGGCGGAGCAACUCUAUGCCCAGGGCAGACAUUGGCCAGAUAUGAGGUGUUUGGUUUCAUUGCCGUCCUCUUCCACCGUUUCCACGUAACUCUAGCCAGGACUUCUUCCGGGGAAAGGCCCCCCUUCCCACGAUUAAAUUCCAUGACCCCAUCAUUCGGCCUUAAUGGGCCCAUGAAAGGCAUGGAUGUCAUAGUUGAUAUUAAGGAGAAAUAGCAGCAACACAAGACUAUUCCAAGGUUUAUUAGGAUAUACAGAGGUAGUAUAGAAGCCUCCCAAGAUUCUACUUAUAAGCAUCUCCGGGCAUUUACAAGUGCACUCAGAUUCAGCCAAUUUUUUAGGUACAUGCCUAGGGAGGUAGGCAGUUUAAAAAUGCAGCCUUUAUUUUCAAUAAGAUGGUAUUCAGGUACCAGCAUAACUCCGUUUUCACCCGUCACGUAAGUGAUACUCUAGGAAUCAAACAUAUGCCAUCCUUAAAAUGAAUACAAAUCCUAGUGUGUAGACAAGUGCUUCGCUAUGCGAGUAUGUGGUGUGUAGUGUAUUGACAACUGAC